CCCCGCAAAGAAAGCCGCUACUUCUAGAGCUCGUCAGUCCACGGUCCACGAACUACAAGCAUGGAGAUGCUCGCCCUUCUGCUGGUGUCCGCUCUGGCCCUGCUGCCCGGCCCGUCCGGCGCCGGCCCCACGCCACACAACCCCCUGGAAUCCGUGAUCGACACUACAAAGAAACUGAAGGAGACUUACAAACAGGAGCACUUCGUUGAGGACGUCCAGCCCCUGGCCGACGCCGGCUGCAUGGAAGAAUUCUUCUGCAAAGCAGGGGCGAUCUUGAAAAACCAUUCCAUCUCUUUCUCGUCUACCGAGGAUGAGAAGAGGCUCGCCAGAGAAAUCCACGUUUACACGAAGAAAUUCGAGAGAAACUGCGAAGACAUUCUGAAGAACGUGAAGGUGUCGCACAUGAAAAAGCCUCUCUCUGCUUUUCUGGAGCUGGUUCUGGUGUGUAGUCAGAGUAACUACAUGCACAGGAAAGGUCUCUGAGGACAAACCGCAGUGAGAAGCGGCGUCCAAUGAUGCACCUUUGUUUCGAAAGUGUUGGUAUGCGUCCUGUUAUCACCACACCACAUUUUGUUAAAUGGCAUUUUUCUAAAACGUCUAAGGGCAGUUUGAUCUGAGAUAGCAGAUAGGUUCGGUUUUAUUGUCUUCUUUGUUAAAAAGUUGGUUAGCUUUUAUUUUAUUUUUUUAUAGUAAUGACUCCUUGCAGUACAGUUACAGUGUUUAACUUGGGUAAAAAAAAAAACAAGGUUAAGAUUUUGUUUGUCAAGUCGGCCAUCUUUUAUCUAGCCAGCCGUUGUUGUACCAACUUCACACUGUUGUGACCCACAUCCACCAGCUUAUUUAUUUCUUCUGGUUUUAUUUAAUGUAACUUAAGUUUCACGUGAUAUCUGUAUUUGAAUGGAAUAUUUAUUGUAAUGUUUUCGUGAAUACAGCAAUGGAAUUGGUGUCUGUAGAACAAUAAAUCCUGCCCUUGAGUGGA